AUGGCUCUCAAGAAACAAGCUGCACUAGUCAAAGAACUCCAGCGUGCAUUACGAGAGGAAAAAAAGCGAGCUGAGUCUAUGGAGAAGCAUGGUAUGAGCUCACCAGAAGAGCGAGGAUGGCAUUUGGUAUCUGAUCCAGAUUCAAGAAGUGGCCAGGUUUGUUCAUGGGUUUACGCGUCAGAACUUCCAUGCACUUUGUUGUUAGUUGUGGGUGAUGUGACGUAA